CAACUCCCUCUCUCCUUCGCAUCUCAUCCUUCCUCCUUCCCAUCUCCCCGCCUCCACCGCACCGCCACCCACCCCCCCAUUCACUCUUUACAGCGACCACGGCGAUUACGGCAGAUCCACCCGCACAUACCCCACCCCGCCCCCACACAUCCACCAAACAUACCCCUCUCCACCUGCUAGACCUAUACCCCCUCGCUUCUCCAGUCUAGAUAGCCCCCAUCCGCAUACAGAGUACGGCCAGUUCACACCCCCAAGCGCUCCACUCCCCGUACCUCCACCGGUGCCAAACUUUGCUUGGUGAAAACACUCCACCAACACACAGCACAUCCUCCCUUCCGGUUUCAUCCAACUUGUCAGACAUCCGUCUAGCACCGCAACUCUCCUGCCAUCCUUCAGCCACCGUUUCACAUACCCAUCAUGGCCUCCCGAAACCCUGCCACCCGCCGUCCCGCUACUCGUUCUCGCAACGACGAGAACGCCGCUCCCCAACCGUCCAUCCGCAACAAGCCUUCCCUGUCCCACCUGGGUCCUGCCCAAAAGACCGCUGUCUCGAAUGCUUCCGCUGCCGUUGCCGGCAAGAAGCCUGUCGCGGCCAAGGUCGGUGCGAAGAGAACAGCGCUCGGUGGUGUGGUGGUCAAUGCAAAGGAAGACGGUGUCGAUGGAAAGAAGCCUCUGAAAGCCACCGCUGGCAAGACUGUUGCCGAGGUCCGUCAACCGCUUGCCUCCCGCAACAACGAUGCGCAACCCACACGCCCCAUCGCGGCCAUCCCUUCUCGGUCAAAGACCUCUGCCCCCAUCUACUCUUCGCUCGACAGCAAACUCUCCCUUGAGGACGACUUCCAGAUGGAGGUUGACUCUCGGCGACAGCAGACGCUCUCUGUCCCUCAAGGCAUCGACACUGUCGAGGAAGAGUACCUGGACGAAGACUCUGAGGAGGACGACAUGGAGGAAGAGGACGAGGAGGACUGGCUAAGGAUGCCCGAAGAGGACGCGAUCAGAGCGCAAGAACAGCUCGAUGUCGUUCAAGCAACAUUCAAGGACGAGGUCGACCUUUUCGACACCACCAUGGUUGCAGAGUAUGCCGAUGAGAUCUUUGGCCACAUGGAGAUGCUUGAAGAGUCUGUCAUGCCUAACCCGAGGUACAUGGACUUCCAGACCGAGAUUGAAUGGACCAUGAGGACGACACUCAUCGACUGGCUUCUUCAGGUCCACCUCCGUUACCACAUGCUUCCCGAGACCCUCUGGAUCGCCGUCAACAUCGUUGACCGUUUCCUUUCCGUUCGAGUGGUGUCUCUCGUCAAGCUCCAACUUGUCGGUGUUACCGCCAUGUUUAUCGCUGCCAAGUACGAAGAGAUUCUCGCACCUUCAGUAGACGAGUUUGUCUACAUGACCGAGAACGGUUACACCAAGGACGAAAUUCUCAAGGGCGAGCGUAUCAUCCUCCAGACUCUCGACUUUGCCAUUUCAUCCUACUGUUCGCCCUACUCUUGGGUCCGACGUAUUUCCAAGGCCGAUGACUAUGACGUGCAAACCCGAACACUAAGCAAAUUCCUUAUGGAGGUCACCUUGUUGGACCACAGGUUCCUCAGGUGCAAGCCUAGUAUGAUUGCUGCUAUCGGGAUGUACUUGUCGAGGAAGAUGCUCGGUGGUGACUGGAACGAUGCCUUUGUCUUCUACUCGAACUUUACCGAGUCUCAACUCAUCACCGGUGCUUCCUUACUAUGCGAGCGCCUCGUCGAGCCCGACUUUGAGUCUGUCUACGUCUACAAGAAGUACGCCAACAAGAAGUUCCUGCGAGCUUCAACCUUUGCCCGUGACUGGGCUUUGAACAACACCUCUCAAUGAGCUUUCUAAGACUGUUGGCUGCUUACCAUCCGUAUACACGAGAUUCAAAUUCGUCCCGCCCUCCUCCAAUCAUUCUUCGCCGUGCUUGAGUCUUGAGGUCUUUCUCAUCCAUACCCCUUACCCCUCACCUCUAUACAGUUCUUGCACGCUAUCCGCAUAGUUGUUUGCCCUUCUUCGGUCACAUCUACUCAACCCCUCACAUUCAUCAAUAUAUAUACCCCACUAGUCGAGUAAGAAGUGAUAACGUCCAUGUGAUAUAAUCUGUUGCGUUUCACGUGAGACUUUCUUCCUUUGGCUCAAUUACGGACAUUCAUGGACUAUUACCCUAUCCCCUCCCUCAUAUCAAGUAGUCUGUGCAACUACCGUAAAUCAUAUAUGCCAAGUCGUUUGUAUGUUGA